AUGGCGCGAAGCCGGGGUCAACGCCAGCGCCUGUGCUUUCUAGGUGCUGCUUUUGCCUGCGCGGGUUCACUGUGCUGGACAAAAUUUCCGGGCUUUCACGUGGUUCCCAUUGAGGGCAAGGGUCUUGGAGCAGUGGCGGAGCAGAACUUUCAAGCUGGCGAUUUGGUUUACGAAGAGUCACCGCGCAUCAUGUGGGAUGCCGAGGAUGCGGCAAGAGUGCAGCUGCUGAAACUGGUCGCAGCUAUUCUUUUGCUGGUCUCGAUCUUCCUCUUCGUGGCAUUCAACUCAGUUGGCUUGGUGCCUUUGCCCUUGGCAGCUGCGGUGGCUCUUGGCAGGCCUGAGGAAGUGCCAGAAGAGGUGAAGGAUCAGUGGAAUCAGCUGUCGCAAGAGCAGAAAGACCAGCUGAAAGGCUUGAGCGAUGCAUCUACCGAGAAAAGUAUGAUGGGAAUUCUACGGACAAAUGGUUUCUCCAGAGGGGCCAGCAAAAGCUCUUCGUCCUUGCUCUUGUGCCCGGUGUUGGCCAGGUUCAACCACUCCUGUUCUCCAAAUUGUCAGCAGUCUUGGGAUGAGCAAUCAGGAACCGAAAAGCUCUAUGCCAUGACAACGAUUCAGAAAGGUGAAGAACUUUGUAUCACCUACUGUGACCUGCGCGAGCCACGAGAGGUGCGGCGCGAGACCUUGCAAGCUAAGUACGGUUUCCGCUGCGCUUGCGUUGCCUGCGACGUGGCCAGCGCCGUUGCCGAAGCCAGCGACGCUCGCCGUGGCGAGGCGGCCAGGCUGCAGGAGAUGCUGCCAAGCGCUGAUGCGGCUGAAGGUGUGCAGAUUGCAAAGAGGAUUUUGCAGCUCCUGGACGAAGAAGGCAUUGCCGACUUGACUCUGCGGGGCCUGGCCUGCUCCGAGGCAGUGCGUCAUUGCCAGCGCUUGGGAGACCUGCAGCGGGCUCAAUCCUGGGCGAAGCAGGCCUAUAUCUUCUACAGCCAGGCCCGUGGUCCAGAAAGCCAAAUCGCACGAAGGGCAAAGGAGUACCUGGAUGCGUUGGAUUCACCGGAGGUCACCGCCACCUCCAGCGGCUGA